AAUAAAAAUGUCAAGUCGCAGUGAUGGUGAUGGUUGUCGAUUCGGUCGUUUUUUGCUAUUAAAUAAAUCGCCCUUUUCAAUUAUCGACAAAGCUGUCAUGCUGAUUCCAAUUCUGUUAAUGAUGAUACAAUUUAACACCCCUACGAUUGAAGCAUUACGAUGCUAUGCAUGUGGAUUGACACAAACUUCCGGGGACGUGAGGUGUGUAACUGAGCCACAGAGUGUUGAGGGACAAAGUGUAGUUACUUGCUCUAGAAAGUAUUGCACCAUCACGCGACAGGAAUUGGUGGAUCCACCCGGUAAGCUGGUUACUUUCUUGCGGGGAUGUGAAGAAAGCCCACUGUAUCUCGACGAAGUCAUCGAAGAUCCUACUUUCAUCACCUACUACCGGUCCUGCACAACUGAUCUGUGCAACGACGGUGAUGCUCUCGGAUCCUCCGGCUCCGCGCUGAACGGGCUCAACGAGGGAGCGUCGGACAAUUUGAUCGUGCCCGGAUUGCCCAGCAGCGGUGUUCAACCGACAACGACGACAUCUCCAUUACUGCCGCUCAUUAAAAUCACAUCACUGGCAAUAUCGGUGGCACGCAUCACAGUGUAGAGCUUUCGUUCUUCCUGCGGAAAAGGACAACCGACCUGAUAUUAAUGAGAUUGGGUGAAGAAUUGAGGGAUAAAAGUUCCAUAUCCAUAAUCUACUUUCCCUUGCGUUGGCGUGUAUCGU